UUCCACAUAUUUGGGACGAAUAUUUAGGAGACUCGUUACCGUCCAUAUUUUCAUUAUCAACUCUUUAUGAGUCGUUACUUUUCUCUAUUGAUAAUGGCAGAGACAGAAUUUGAAUUUUAACAUAUGUCCCUAAUACCUCAGUUCAUUCCUGCCAUACAUGAUGAAGUUACUUGAUUUGCUUUCAGCGUUCCUGUUCCUCAUCCAACAUCUCACCCUUGGCCAAGAAACUGUGGCUGAGAAAAUCCACAAUGGUAUUGACGACAUCGUUAAAGGUGCAAUUAAGGGUGCAACAGAGGUUAUUGACAAGCCCGUUGACGUGGAAGAUGUAAAAUUUUUUCUUUUCUCUGCGAAAUACAGUAAUGAGGCAAAUGGUACCGUGGACCAAUUCAGUCCGAAAAGUAUUGCACUGACACAGGGAAACAUUUUCUUUUUUAUCCAUGGUUGGAGUCAAAAUAGGACCUCUUGCCCUUGGUACAAGCCUCUGACAAACUUGCUCCUGAGGAAAUAUCCAGACUCGCAUGUUGUACAGGUAGACUGGGGUAAAGCAGCACAGGAAAAUUAUGCAUUUGCGACUUUCAAAUCUGAGAGUGUUGGGCAAAUCAUCGCCAACGUCAUCCAGAAAUUGGUCAAGGAAUACCACGUCCCUCUCCAGAGAAUAUUUGUGAUUGGCCAUUCUCUAGGCGGACAAAUAUCAGGAUGGGUUGGCAAGGAAUACCGCAAAUUCACCAACGAGACCCUGCCAAGAAUAAUCGCCCUAGAUCCAGCAGGACCGAUCUUUGACGUACGUCCCGAAUCGAGAAGACUGAACAAACACGAUGCUAAAGUCGUCUUUGUCGUGCAUACCGACAGAUUGAAGUUCGGAUUUCCUACCAACUGCGGUACCAUCGACUUCUUUCCGAAUGACGGUAUAAAUCAACCAGGCUGCUUGAAGUUGAACCUGACCGAUUUGUCGAUCUCCAGUUUGCAAGAUCCACUGUGGUGCAGCCAUAGGAGAGCCCAUGACCUCUUUAUAGAAGCCAUCGCACACCCUGGUGGUUUCGUGUCAACAAAAUGUGACAGCUAUGUAGAUUAUCAGAGCCACAAAUGUGAUGGAAACAUAAAAGUUUCAAUGGGCGAUUGGCAAACCAACGAAACAGGGUCCUUCUUUUUAGAAACUACAGGAGAGCCACCCUUCAUUAAGAAGUUUGAGAGUAUUGAAACAUCGAGGAACUCCAAAGCCAGUGGAAGAAAAUGAAAGAUAUAUUUGAUGCAAUGUUUUCAAAGAUCAGCGAUAUCUAAUCAUAUCUAUUUGUAUUUUCACUUAAUUUGACAUGAAUGGAAUUUUAAACAAAAUAUUUCUCAUUCACAUCUUUUAUUCGAAGAUUUUGUUGAAGUGAUCGGAUAUAAACGCUGAUUCAGAUCAGUAGAAUUGGUGUAACAAUGAAUUUUAUCUCGUGCCUUUUUAAAGCAGAUAAUGAAAUAAACUAUGUACCU